AUGUCGGUCAAGGGUGGGGACCGGUUAACUCCUUUUAUGACCUACGUGCGGAAUUUAUUGUUAGGGAGGAAAUACAACAAUACACUAAGGUAUGCUGAUACAAUGUCCAAGAGAACGCAACCUUCUGCUUUUCUCCCCAACGGCAUAAAUGAUAAACUAUCUUCUAAUGAUUAUUAUACUCGAGAUGGUAGACGGGAAGUCCGUAAACCUUUUGAUGUUUAUGUAUCCGGAACUAAAAGGUUGACAGAUGCAGGCAGGUCUGAAUCCUCAAGUCUCCCAUCAAAGUCAACUGAGAUAAUUCCUGGAGAAAAGUUUAACUGGGAUAAGCGAGUGGAAUUAUAA